UAUGGUUCACCUUUCAAUAGCUUGAGUGAGCUGAAGGGUUUCACAGCAACAGUUCCGUGAGAGCGCUGAAGGAUCCGCUUCGCCUUCGUGGAUGUGAAAGGCUCGUGAGACAAGCAUGAGUUUGAGCCGCGCUCCCUGUAAAACGGAGGUGAUGGAAUGGAGUCCGGCGAAUCUGGCCAAUUACAUGGGGAAGCUCAAGUUAUCCGGCUGCGACAGAUUGGUGUUGAAGCAGAACAUAAGUGGAGCGCGGUUCAUGGAAAUGACUGUGAGUGACCUUCAUGUGUUCCCCAGCCUUUACGUCCCAUUGGUUGCAAAGAUUCAAAGUGAAAUCAAGAAGAGGGAUCAGAAGAAGGCCACUGGCAAUGAAUCAGAGGCAGAAAAGAACCCGAGACAAGCUGUCGCGAUAGAGCAAGAUGACGUGGCCUCUGAUGAGUCUGACAAUGGAAGUGAUAACGACUAUGAAGAAGAAGAAGAGAAAGGCCGCUACAUCUGUGCUCUGCCCGAGCCACUAGACAACGAAGAUACCUACGAGGUGGCCAUCAAGAGCUCCCCCUCUGCAGACACGAGGAAGGCGCCCCAACGUCCCAGAGAGGUUGCACUUCAGGACGGCCUCUGCAGAGAUUCUGUAUCGGUAUCUGCUGAGAAGCCCUCGAAACCCCCAGUGCCCCAACGCCCAUUGAGGAAGAAUCCGCCACCCCCGAGGCCCGUCAGAGCACCAGCCGGCCCACCCACUCUGCACAACGAAAAGAGCGGGAAGGUCAAACCAGCCAGGCCAUGCGGCCCAUCCCAGGCAGAGCUCCCAAAGUCAAAGAGCAGCGCUGUCAAGGCUGAUGUCUCAUCCCAGAGCGUUAUCCCCAGACCAAGGGCCCCCAAACCCACAGAUGUGCCCAACAGAGAAGGCAAAGUCCUUCCUGCUGUGGCAGCACAGCCCGCUGAGGUGAACAACUCGAUACCAAGACAAAGUAUGGAUUUGGAUCCCAGCUGGUACCAAGGGAAGGUGACCAGACGUCAGGCGGAAGUCGCCCUCCGAGAGGUGAACAAGGACGGGGCGUUUGUGGUGAGGGCCAGCUCGCGCGGCACGGAUGAGCAUCCCUUCACCCUGAUGCUGCUCAAACAAGGCAAGGUUUACAACAUCAUGAUCCGUCGCCAGGGCAACUCCUACACCCUGGGCAGCGGCUUGAAACAGACCCGGAGUUUCCCCGGGGUGAAGGAGAUGAUCGACCAUCACGCCAACACCCCAUUGCUGCUCCUCGACUACAUGGAGCGGAGCGCUGAACCGCAGAGCUGGUGCUGCCUGCUGCACCCUGCGGGACUGGGAGGCGGGGACGUUUUGUAAUGUCGUUUGUAGGUUUUAGUGAACGGAAUGAGAGAAAAUGAAAUAUUUUGGACCAUGGCCGACGGUUUGCCCCGAGACGCGUUCACUCAGUAUUUACCUCUGUUCUCCACAUGCUCCGCGGCUUCAGGCCCGGCUGCGGGCUGCUGUUUCAGCGCCUGUUGGUCAAGGUGUCCAUAGCCAACGAUCAGGUCGCAUUGCCUUAGCUGGGUUCGCACUGCGGGCAGGAAACAAAUCCAGAAAACCUGUUUUCACUAGUGCCUCGGGCCAACCCGCAUGUAAGCUGUCCCCAAGUCACGUGUCAAAAUAUAUACGGUUCCACACCAUGUGGGAUAGUGCUCAACAAGAAAUUGCCCUGGAUGUUAAACUUAGAUAAGAACCUCUCUAUUUGACCCUGUUGUAACAAAGUGGUACUUUUAUUCAUUGUAUAAAUCUGACCCAACAAUGUGCUAUUCUAAGAUAAGUACAUGUGAAUGUACUUAUGCAUGCCUGCAUAUUGUUAAUGUUAAGAAACACAGAAUUACUAAAAUGUACACAGGAAUCAGCGUGCUUUCUACUAAAGUUUGAUCACUGAGUGAACUGUUAAUGAACUACAUGUUUCCACAAUGUAAAAAAGAGAAGCUCCUUACAGAUGGAACAAUAAAAAACAUUUGGGGAACAGAAAAAAAUAAAUGA